AUGAGGAUGGACAUUUCACAUCAGACCCUUUACUGCGACGUUGGUGCGACGGUGGCGUUUAAUUGUUCCUGUUGCGACACCGCCCUUGGUUGCGUCCCUUUGUUUAUCGCCGGGUUUCAUGUUCGAAUCCUGCUGAUUAAGUGCUACUUUACUUUGCAUCAAGAAGAUAUGGAAGAUGAGGCUGCUCUUAUUAAGUCUGCCUUUCCGAAUUUCGCAGACGAGAUUUUGUUCCUUAGGACUGCCUUUCCGGCUGAAACCACUCUAUGCCCAAGUAAUGAUGGUAUCAAUCUCAACAUUCUGGUGACACCAGGAGUAUGUGAGAUUCCGUCUCGAUGUAUUUUGUCCCUCAGAGGUAUUUUCAGUUUAACGUGUUAUUCCCAGUAUCCCCUUCUACCGCCUGUUGUAAAAGUGGUAGGUACAGUUGGAUUAUCAGAUUCUGCCUUAUCAAAGCUUCAAUUGAACAUUGCUGCUGUAAUUGAUUCGUGUCAAAAGGACCAUGUUAUCUUUCCCUUGAUAGAGGUAUUUUACAUGAAUUUGCUUCUAAUGUGCUCGUCAAUUUCUACCGUAGACAUAGUUGUGCUUGUCAUUCUCCUGGGUCUCCGAUUCAAAUACUGGAAAGAGAGCAGCCAAGGUGGAGGCUCUGGCUAUGGGUCCAUACUGACUUCAUCCGACCUCACAAUUUCAAAAUUGGAAGAAUCGCCAGCAGUAAAUGUUCCAUUCCCAUUUUUUAGCCUCUGCAAUGCAAAUCCAGCUAGGGGAUCAAUUCUCUUCGGUUUGCAUGCGGAGAAUGAGAAAAGCCCUUUGUGGUAUGAAAAAUUUCUCGACGCCCUCCUGGCCCGUCCUCUAUCUCUCAAGGUGGAUGAUGUUGAUGGUGUACAUAAUGCGAACUUCCACCUCAUGCUCAACCACACGGCACACGAAAUGAAGAACAUGCUAGUGGAGCAAGUUGCCUCGAUUCUUUUCAUAUGUGCAAAUAUCCUGAACUGCAUGACCUCCGAGAAAUUGCAUCUAGAGCUUGAUCCAGAGUCCGUGGAUUAUCUUAUUCCAAACAGUGGCCUUGUUGGUUUUCGGUUCCUCAUCCACGAGACACCUGAACCGCACUGGGUGCAUCACCAGUCAGCUGUGUUCCUUGGGGCACAGUUUCACACCAUGCUUCGUCUCGUUGGAACCCGAAAGGUCCAUGAAUCUGACUGCGUUCCUCAACGAACAUGGGAAGCCUGUUUACGAAAGUGCCUCUUAUUUCGAAUCCAGAAGGAAUGUGGUUGUAUAUUCAGCGGUAAUGUUUUUCAAUCGGCUCCGCAAUUUCAGAAGGAAUUUCGUAAAUGUGCAGGCAACCUUAAUUUUAGUUAG